AUGACCAAAGGGUUCUCUGAGGCUGUUAUCCAGAUGAUGCUGAAGGACCACAAACUGGCCUCUGCCCGCAUUUAUUACAGAGUAUGGCAUUCUUACUUCACCUGGUGUGUAAGAAUUAUGAUGCCUCUAAGUCAGAACUUCCAGAAUUCUGGCUUUUCGCCAGAGAGGUUUGGAUUUAGGCCUUUGGCUUGCCUCUCUCAAGGUAGAGAAACCACAGGGACAACUGAACGAGAGUAUUGCAUACGGUAUCAGACUGGUCUUCGGAUCUACGACCUUCGGAAACGAGAUCAUAGUAAAAUCUACGGAGGUGAUGUAGAGAAACCACAUGGACAAAUAAACGAGACUAUUGCAAACGGUAUCGGAAUAGUCUUCGGAUCUACGGACCUCACAGACGAGUCCAUAGAAAAAUCUACAGAGGUGACGAGAGGGGAGUGGACCGCUAUUAAAAGGUGCUCAGGGGACGGUUAUCUGGUGGCGGCUGCACUGAAAUACUACCACAUAGAUAAAUAUAGAGGAUCUUUGAGCAACAUCAAGUUCCUGUGUUCCACUGGAGAAUAUCUGGAGGGAGAUGGAGAGAAACGGGGGAGUUUUCAAGCCAUGAGUAAGACCUGCCCUGAUGGGAUCGAUAGUUUCCAGACUAUUCAAUAUAGUGGAAAAAGACUGGGCCACAAUUGGCCUAUCUGGAGUGAUGUUUUUUUUAUUUGCUCUCCCCCGAUACCAACCAACAGACCAACAUGUCCGCCCCAUGCCUUCACUUGGCACAGAGUGACAUAG